AUGAAAACCCUAAUUCUAAACCCCAAUUCCAAACCCCAAUUCCAAACCCCAAACCCCAACUCCAAACUUCAAACCCCAAGCCCAAACAAGAAAACAAAAGAAAAGAAGAAAAGAAGAAAAGAAGAAAAGAAGAAAAGAAGAAAAGAAGAAAAGAAGAAAAGAAGAAAAGAAGAAAAGAAGAAAAGAAGAAAAGAAGAAAAGAAGAAAAGAAGAAAAGAAGAAAAGAAGAAGAAAAGAAGAAGAAAAGAAGAAGAAAAGAAGAAGAAAAGAAGAAUCAAUACUAUAAUACCUAGGUAG